CCACGGUCUGGCUUUAGGUGGUACAGGCCGCGGAUAAAAGGCGCGGGCGGAGGCCACUCGCACCCUACAUUUGGUUUCCCGGCUGCCGCUGUUGCGGUCUGGGAGCACGCGCUGCCUGUCUUUGUAGGCUUGGAGCCCGCCCUCCUGCAGUCAUGUCCUCUGGAAAUGCUCACAUUGGAAAACCGGCCCCUGACUUCCAUGCCACUGCUGUGAUCGAUGGGGCCUUCAAGGAGGUGAAGCUGUCGGACUAUAAAGGGAAGUAUCUGGUCAUAUUUUUCUAUCCACUGGACUUCACCUUUGUAUGCCCUACCGAGAUCAUCGCCUUCAGUGAUCGGGUGUCUGAUUUCCAUCAGCUGGGCUGCGAAGUCCUUGGAGUGUCUGUGGAUUCCCAGUUCACUCACUUGGCCUGGAUCAACACCCCUCGAAAAGAGGGUGGCCUGGGUCCUUUGAAAAUCCCCCUACUGGCAGAUGUAACCAGAAACCUAGCUCGAGAUUAUGGGGUGCUGAAGGAGGAUGAAGGCAUUGCCUACAGGGGCCUCUUUAUCAUUGAUGCUAAGGGCCUGGUCAGGCAGAUCACUGUCAAUGACCUGCCUGUGGGGCGCUCAGUGGAUGAGGCUUUGCGACUAGUGCAAGCAUUCCAGUACACAGAUGAGCAUGGAGAAGUAUGCCCAGCAGGCUGGAAGCCUGGAGGAGACACUAUCAAGCCCAAUGUGGAAGACAGCAAGGAGUAUUUCUCUAAGAACAACUAGGCAAGCAAUGCUGCUGCUUUCUGUGCUCCGGUGGCAAACCUUCAUAUGGUGAAGGAGGCUUCUGCCCCUCUUGGGUAGUGGCCCUUGCCCCAUAUCUCCUCUUAAUCUUUUCCCCCUUAUAGAGGGGGCAUGUAUGAGAGAGGAGGAAGGGGUCUGUGUCUAAUAAACUUGGGAAAAUCAAACAUA